ACCCAAUUUAACCGUUACAAGUGCAUCGCAAAUAAAAACAAAUAAAAGCAAAGCUAAGCAGCAGCAGCAGCAGUUGUGCGUGCGAGGCGCUUCCGGCCGCGAGAUGGCCGCCGAAAACUAUCAUCUGAAGUGGGACUCGCAUCUGUCCUAUUUGAACACCUCAAUUGCCACGCUCUACAAGAAUGAAAAGUUUGCCGAUGUGGUGCUGUACAGCUCAUACACCAGCAGCAGCAUCAACUCGGACAUACCCACGGUGGGCAUCUCGGCGCACAAGUUCAUUCUCAGCUCCUGCAGCCAGUUCUUUGCCACCAUGUUCGAGACGGCGCCGAUUGCCUCACCCAACGGCGUCAUAUACGUUGUGCUUCCGCCCGAUCUGAGCCACCGGGCCAUACAAAUCCUGGUGCAGUACAUGUACAGCGGGGAGGCUACCGUCUCCAAUGACAUUCUCAACGAGGUGCUGCGGGGCGGCGAGAUUCUCAAGAUCCGUGGCCUCUGCCGCUCCAGCGCUUCCAACAACAGCAGCACCACUGUCACGUCCUCGCACCACCAUCCGCACGGCGGACAUCUGCAUCAGCGGGAUUCGUCGGCGAGCGCCAUGUAUGUGUCGAAUGGAUCGCGGUCGACGCUUCCACCGCCACCGCCACCGCCUAUGUCCACACAGCUUCCUGGCGACAUCUACAGCAGCAAGCCGAGCAGCAGCAGCAGCAGUGGCUCCGGCAGAUAUACCUUGGAGCAUCACCAUCACCAGCCACAACCGCAACACCAUCCACCAUCGCAUCAGCACCAGCAACAGCAACAGCAACAGAACCAGCACAAUCAUCAUCAUCACCAUCAGCAGCAAUUCCGUGGCCUCGGCGCUUCCGUCAUGCCAAAGGACAGUCCCGUGAUUGUCAAGUCCCCGAAAAUGGCCGCACACACGGGUCUGCUGAGCGUGGCCAGCAGCAGCAAGCUGGGCAUAUCCGUAAACAAGGAGGUGGCUAUCGAUCCCGAGGAUAAGUGCUGCUAUGCAGCCGCUACCAGUCAGGUGGAGCCACAGCCGCCGCCUUCAUCGACGACCGCCGGAGCAGUAGCAGUAACAGUAGCAGUAGCCGGAGGAGUUCCGCCACCGCCAGCCAUGUCCAUAUGCACAGAGGUGGGCUGCAGCAGCUGUCCACUGGCCGUGGGGACCGCCUCCGAGCCGACGGAUACCACGCUGCGUCGGCCGGAGUACGAGGAGCAGGCGCUCUGUGAGCGGGAGGAUGUGGGUCUGGUGUACGAGCGUCGGCUGCGUCGUGAGAGUGCCUGCGAUCGAGCUCACGAGUACUAUGAGGCACCGCUGCACUUUGCCACACCACCGCCACCGCCACAUCCGCACAGCUUUCUCAGCAUCAAACAGGAGCCCAGCGACUGGACCAACAACCCACCAACAGCGGCCAAUGCCAGCAACAACAACCACGAGGAUGGGCACCUGUCGCCCAAGCAGCCGCUGGACUUUAAGAUGAGCGCCGUCAAGCUAGAGGUGAACCGCGACCGGGCCACGCCGCACGAGGAGUCCGAGGAGCACACUCUGCGCGACUACAACAACUUCAAGCAGCUGCUCGUGUGCGAGAUAUGCCAGAAGUCUUUUGAGGAUACCAAGACCCUGGUCCGUCACCUGGGCACACACGCCAACGAGCCGGGAUCAGGCACUAACCUGAUGGCGGCCAGUGCCAGCGGCAGUGCGUCGACCACUUCCAGCAACACCAAUCUCGCGAUGCGAGCCCUCAAAACCUAUGUGCCAAAGAAGCGACGCAGAGUCUCGCAACAGGAGAAUAAUAUGGAUCAUGAUCAUGUCACCCUGCUAUGUGAUUUGUGCUCGACAUCCUUUGAGACGCCUGCGGAGUGGGUGCGUCAUAUGAACAGCCAGCACACGGAGAUCGAGCUGGCCAUGUUCAACAGCAAGAAGGAUGGCGAGCAGAAGGGCCAGCACCAGCAGCAACAGUUGCAGGUCACCACCAACAACACCACCAGUGGCACCACCAACAGCAUUAGCAGCAGCAUCGGUGGUAGCAGCUCUUCCACAGUGUCCACCAGCCAAAUGCAGCCAAAGUUCCAUUCCAGCUCCACUCGAUCGACGCUAUUGCAGUGCCCCCAAUCUCAAUCUCAGACCCAAUCCCAGCCUCUGAUUCUGAACAAAAGGAACAGUUUUGUGGCGGCGGCAACUCCUGCUUCGGUCUCACCUACUGGCCUCUCAGUAGCUGCCACCUCAUCGCAUGGCUAAGCUGCCCCACCAAUGCCAUCUUCAAUACAAUAGAGGGCAGCAUCCUUCAUAAUCUUUCAUCAAAAAUCCAUUUUGUUCGAUAAAUUCAAGUCGUUCCAGUAAUCAAAAAAGAUAUAUAUAAUGAAACAGCAAGAACCGUGAUCAAAAUGCAACAUGUUUGCAUAUUUUAUAGAGCAACAAACAAAAUACAAAACCAACAAAAAAACAAAAAAAAAAUAACGAAACUAUUAACGAAACUUAGAAAUCGGAAUCGUCAGGC